AUGGCGGAUACAAUGGGUCGUAAAUCUAUUAUGCGACCAGCAUUAUUUGUUGGAUUUGCAAUUACAACUGUUUCAUCGUUUUCACCCAAUUUCGAAUCAUUAAUGGUGUUGAGAUUUUUAACUGGAUGUGCGUUAGCAGCACCUGCAUCUAUAGCUUAUUCCUAUCUAGGAGAGUUCCAUGAUCAAAAAUAUCGUAAUCGUGCAAUACUAUCAGCUUCAUUCAUCACUGCAUUUCUUGUGAUAUUUUUUCCGAUCUACGCUUGGGCCUUCAUCAAUAUGAAAUGGAAAAUGUAUAUACCGAUUUUAAAUAUUAUGUAUAAACCUUGGCGUUUAUAUAUAAUGGUAUGCGGUUUCACAGGCUUAAUGUGCGGUAUUGGAUUAACUUUUUUACCCGAAAGUCCCAAAUAUCUUUUAGCUAAGGGAAAACCAGAAAACGCUAUUGAAGUUUUAAAAUAUAUGCAUCAUGUAAAUACGAAACAUUUUAAAGCUUUGAGUAAAGUUGAGUUUAAGAUAGGAAAAUUAUUAUCAGAGGAUUACGUGAUGCCUAACAAAUCUUUGGAUGGAAAAAAUUUCGUUAUUCGUUUUUUAAUCUCGAUGUGGCAGCAGACCUCAUUGCUUUUUAUGCGAGAACACUUACGAAAAACAUUUAUUUGUUGUUUACUUCAGUUUGUUAUAUUUUUUACGGCGUACGGAAUUUUAAUGUGGUUUCCUUAUAUAUUAAACACCAUAACCCAGUACAAAAAACAUCACUCAGAGCCUAAAACAUUAUGUGAAAUUUUAAGUUAUAGGCCUCACUCCAACUCUAGUUUUACAGAGAUACAUACUUCUGUCUGCAUUCAACAUCUGGAGAUAUCCACUUUUCAUCACAGCAUUGCAUUAGAAACAAUAGCCGCCAUAUUGCUUUUAAUAAACAGUUAUGCGAUUGGAAAACUUGGAAGUAAAACAAUACUAUUUUUGAUCUUAGUUGUGAGUGGUACAAGUGGAUUACUUGCCUUUCUGAUAAAAGUUCCCAUAAUAGCGAUUUAUGCAUUUGCAUUAGAGUUAUGUUGCUCUCUAGCGGUAUCUGUAGUAAAUGCAAUUAUUGUUGAUAUAUAUCCAACAAGUAUAAGAACAAUAGCGAUAAGUAUUGCAAUGAUGAUGGGUCGUAUAAGUAGCAUAAGCGCAAGUUAUAUAUUUGGAUUAUUAUAUAGCACCAGCUGUAAUCUUAUCUUAUUGUCUUCAGCAGCCGCCUUAAUAUUUGCUGGAUUCUUAAGCUUAUUUUUACCACAAUCAAUUGUAGUACAGAAGAGUCCAAAAAAUUUGAUUAAUUAG